UCAUUAAUAUUUCAUUCGUUGACAUUUGUAUAGCUCCAAUUCGUUUUAAUCCUAUAAAAUUCCGUUUCCAAGUUUCGAGCAGCUGUUUUUGUUGUUAUUUUACUUCGUCAACAAUGGUCGGUGAUGGUUUAAACAGUCCCCGCCAUCAAGGCGGGAAAAAAGUAACUUCAGAGUUAGGGAAAGCAAUUCCAGACAAGUACAUGAUGCGUAACACUCGCGUUCUGAGUCUCGGGAAGGCACAGCUGAAGUGUCUGCCGGAAAAUGUCAUUGACACGGCUUGCGAUGAGCAGGUGAAUAUCGUGAGACUUGAGGACAAUCUAUUGACUGAUGUGCCGACUGAGCUGUACAAAAUGAGCGAGCUACUCACCGAGCUGGUUCUGGCCAAAAACCAGCUCUCCUAUAUACCCACGUUCAUAUCGCAGUUUUCGCGCCUUAACGUUAUGAACUUGUCGUGCAAUUUGCUGCGUGGCUUGCCCAUGGAAUUUGCCGGCCUUCAAAUGCUGCGCGAAUUGAACAUAUCGCACAAUCGGCUGGAUCACUUGCCUAGCUGCAUCUACGAACUGAACAACCUCGACACGCUCAUCGCCAACGAUAAUCGAAUCAAGGAGCUGGAUGCCACCGAAGAUGGACUCGGCGCUUUGAGCCAGCUCAAUGUGCUGGAUCUAAGCAACAACGAUAUUCAGCUGGUGCCACCCGUGUUGGGUAAAAUGACAAAUAUAACAGAAUUGAAAUUGUCUGGAAAUCCGUUCCGUCAGCCACGUCAUCAAAUUUUAGCAAUGGGCACCGCGGCCACAAUGGAUUAUCUACGAGGACGCAUUCCCCUCUAGAAUAAUGGCGAUAUUUGUCUUAUUUUAAUAAAUCGUAUCGUACCUAAA